AUGGCUCCUCUACCGAUCAAGUUCACGGAGCUCCUUAAUUUGACAACGGCUGAAAUUGCGCCUGCGUCCAUUGGUUUCAACUCUUGCACUCUAGAAUCAGACCACUAUGUGUGUGUCCGGCAAAAGCUCGAUGAGGACGACAAGCCCCAGGUCAUCAUCAUCAACCUGAAGAACAACAAUGAGGUCAUCAAGCGACCGAUCAACGCGGACAGCGCUAUCAUGCACUGGGACCGCAAUAUCAUCGCCCUCAAGGCCCAGGGUCGCACGAUCCAGAUCUUUGAUCUGGCGGCGAAGCAGAAGCUGAAGUCGUCGGUGAUGAAUGAGGAUAUCGUGUACUGGAAGUGGUUCAGCGAGAAGUGUCUGGGUCUGGUCACGGAACAGUCCGUAUACCACUGGGAUGUCUUUGACCCGACUCAGACACAACCUCUGAAGAUCUUUGACCGUCUUCCCAACCUCAGUGGAUGUCAAAUUAUCAACUACCGCGUCAACGAAGAUGAGAAGUGGAUGGUAGUGGUCGGAAUCAGCCAGCAGCAGGGACGUGUGGUGGGCUCGAUGCAGCUCUAUUCCAAGGAGCGCGGAAUCUCCCAAUUCAUCGAGGGUCAUGCUGCUGCCUUCGCUUCCAUUCGGGUCGAAGGCUCCCCGCUCGAGCACAAGCUGUUCACCUUCGCCGUCCGAACGCCGACCGGUGCCAAGUUGCAGAUCGCCGAGAUCGACCACCAGGAGCCAAACCCACGGUUCCAGAAGAAGGCAGUGGAGGUAUACUUCCCUCAGGAGGCUGUCAAUGACUUCCCUGUCGCCAUGCAAGUUUCCAAGAAGUACGACAUCGUCUAUCUCGUCACGAAGUACGGCUUUAUUCACCUCUACGAUCUUGAGACCGGCACGUGCAUCUUCAUGAACCGGAUUUCCAGCGAAACCAUCUUCACCACUGCCCCUGAUUCCGACUCUGCUGGUCUGGUCGGUGUUAACCGCAAGGGCCAAGUUCUGUCCGUUAGUGUCGAUGAGAGCAACAUCAUCCAGUAUCUGAUGGAGAACCCCGCCAUGUCCGGCCUCGCAGUCAAGCUUGCUUCUAAGGCAGGUCUUCCUGGAGCGGAUCACCUCUAUCAGCAGCAGUUCGACAACCUGAUCGCCCAAGGAAAUUUCUCCGAGGCCGCCAAGAUUGCUGCGAACUCGCCCCGCGGUUUCCUCCGCACCCCGGAGACCAUCAACCGCUUCAAGAACGCCCCCCAGACGGGUCAGAUGUCUGUCAUUCUCCAAUACUUCGGUAUGCUGCUGGACAAGGGCUCCCUGAACAAGUACGAGAGUGUGGAGCUGGUCCGCCCUGUCUUGCAGCAGAACAGGAAGCACCUUCUUGAGAAGUGGAUGCGCGAAAACAAGUUGGAAGCCUCCGAAGAGCUUGGUGAUAUUGUCCGUCCUUACGACAUGAACCUGGCCCUGUCUAUCUAUCUCCAGGCCAAUGUAUCUCAGAAGGUCAUUGCCGGGUUUGCUGAGACGGGCCAGUUUGACAAGAUCCUCGCCUACUCGAAGCAGGUUGGCUACCAGCCGGAUUACACCCAGCUGCUGCAGCACAUCGUUCGUGUGAACCCCGAAAAGGGUGCCGAAUUCGCUACGCAGCUCGCCAACGAGGAGUCGGGAGCUCUCAUCGAUCUCGACCGCGUUGUCGAUGUGUUCCUGUCCCAGAACAUGAUCCAGCAAGCCACUUCGUUCCUUCUCGAUGCCCUGAAGGAUAACAAGCCCGAGCAUGGCCAUCUUCAGACUCGUUUGCUCGAGAUGAACCUUGUCAACGCCCCCCAGGUUGCUGAUGCCAUUCUUGGCAAUGAGAUUUUCACGCACUACGACCGUCCUCGGAUCUCCCAGCUUUGCGAGAAUGCUGGCCUCAUCCAGCGUGCUCUUGAAAACACCGAGGACCCGGCGGCCAUCAAGAGGAAUAUUGUUCGUACCGACAAAUUGAGCCCCGAGUGGUUGAUGGAAUACUUCGGCAAGCUGUCCGUUGAGCAGACGCUUGACUGCAUGGACACCAUGUUGCAGGUUAACAUCCGCCAGAAUCUGCAAGCCGUUGUCCAGAUCUGUACCAAGUUCUCUGACCUCCUUGGCCCCUCUCGCUUGAUUGCCUUGCUGGAGAAAUACCGUACCGCCGAGGGUCUUUACUAUUACCUUGGCAGUAUUGUUAACCUUAGCGAAGACCCUGAGGUGCACUUCAAGUACAUCGAAGCUGCCACUGCUAUGAACCAGAUCACGGAAGUGGAGCGCAUCUGUCGCGAGAGCAACUACUACAACCCCGACAAGGUUAAGAACUUUUUGAAAGAGGCCAAGUUGACCGAGCAGCUUCCGCUGAUCAUUGUGUGCGAUCGCUUCAACUUCAUCCACGACUUGGUUCUCUACCUCUACCAGAACCAGCAGUACAAGUCUAUCGAGGUUUACGUUCAGCGUGUCAACCCCUCGCGUGCGCCCGCUGUCGUCGGUGGUCUGUUGGAUGUCGACUGUGACGAGAGCAUCAUCAAGAACCUUCUCUCUACUGUUGACCCGGCUGUGAUCCCCAUCGACGAGCUUGUUUCCGAGGUGGAGAGUCGCAACCGGUUGAAGUUGCUUCUGCCCUUCCUUGAGGCUACCCUUGCGACGGGUAACCAGCAGCAAGCCGUCUACAACGCAUUGGCCAAGAUUUACAUCGACAGCAACAACAAUCCCGAGAAGUUCUUGAAGGAGAACGACAUGUAUGACACUUUGACCGUCGGAAAGUACUGCGAGAAGCGGGAUCCCAACCUCGCAUACAUUGCCUACCGUAAGGGACAGAAUGAUCUCGAGCUCAUCAACAUCACCAACGAGAAUGCCAUGUACCGUGCUCAGGCGCGCUACCUUGUUGAGCGGGCUGAUCCCGAGAUCUGGUCCUUUGUCCUGAGCGAGAACAACCAGCACCGUCGCUCCUUGGUCGAUCAAGUCAUUGCCACUGCAGUGCCCGAGUCGACUGAGCCGGACAAAGUGUCCGUCGCCGUCAAAGCCUUCCUUGAGGCUGAUCUUCCCGGUGAGCUGAUUGAGCUUCUGGAGAAGAUUAUCCUCGAGCCCUCGCCUUUCAGUGACAAUGGCAGUCUCCAAAACCUGCUGAUGUUGACUGCUGCUAAGGCCGACAAGAGCCGUUUGAUGGAUUACAUCCACCAGCUUAACGAAUUUAGCCCCGACGAGAUUGCCGAGAUGUGUAUCUCAGUUGGACUGUACGAGGAGGCUUUCGAGAUUUACAAGAAGGUCAACAACUUCCUUGCUGCUGUUAAUGUCCUGGUUGAGAACAUUGUCAGCAUUGACCGUGCUCAAGAGUUCGCUGAGCGUGUUGAGUUGCCUGAGGUCUGGAGCAAGGUGGCCAAGGCGCAACUCGAUGGUCUCCGUAUCUCUGACUCGAUUGAAUCGUACAUCCGUGCUGGUGAUCCCUCUAACUACCUUGAGGUCAUCGAGACCGCCACCCACGCUGGCAAGGAUGAGGAUCUCGUCAAGUUCUUGAAGAUGGCCCGCAAGACACUGCGUGAGCCUGCCAUUGAUACCGGUCUCGCUUUCUGCUACGCCCGCCUUGACCAGCUCGCCGAGCUAGAGGACUUCCUACGGACCACUAAUGUGGCCGAUAUUGAAGCCUCUGGUGACAAGGCCUACGAAGAAGGAUACCACCAGGCUGCCAAGAUCUUCUACACCAGUAUCUCCAACUGGGCCAAGUUGGCAACCACCCUGGUUCACCUGGAAGACUACCAGGCGGCCGUGGAGUGCGCCCGCAAAGCGAACAGCGUCAAGGUGUGGAAGGAAGUCAACGAGGCUUGCGUGAACAAGAAGGAAUUCCGUCUCGCCCAGAUUUGUGGUCUGAACCUGAUCGUCCAUGCAGAAGAGCUUCAGGACCUUGUUCGUCAAUAUGAGCGUAAUGGAUACUUCGAUGAGCUCAUUGCGGUCUUGGAAGCCGGUUUGGGUUUGGAGCGUGCUCACAUGGGCAUGUUCACCGAGCUGGGCAUUGCGCUGUCCAAGUACCAUCCUGACCGCGUCAUGGAGCACCUCAAGCUCUUCUGGUCCCGCAUCAACAUCCCCAAGAUGAUCCGGGCCUGCGAAGAAGCGAGUCUGUGGCCUGAGUUGGUCUUCUUGUACUGCCACUACGACGAAUGGGACAACGCAGCCCUGGCUAUGAUGGAGCGUGCUGCCGACGCCUGGGAGCACCACUCUUUCAAGGACAUCAUUGUCAAGGUUGCGAACUUGGAGAUCUACUACCGCGCCCUCAACUUCUAUCUCCAGGAGCAGCCAUUGCUGCUGACCGACUUGCUCCAGUCCCUCACCUCCCGCGUCGAUGUCAACCGUGUUGUGCGCAUCUUCCAGUCCUCAGACAACAUCCCUCUCAUCAAGCCCUUCCUGCUCAACGUCCAGACCCAGAACAAGCGGGCAGUGAACGAUGCGAUCAAUGACUUGCUGAUUGAGGAGGAGGACUACAAGACGCUCCGCGACUCCGUGGACAACUACGAUAACUUUGAUGCCGUGGCCCUCGCACAACGGCUGGAGAAGCAUGACCUGAUCUUCUUCCGCCAGAUCGCCGCCAACAUCUACCGCAACAACAAGCGCUGGGAGAAGUCGAUUGCACUGUCGAAGCAGGACAAGCUCUACAAGGAUGCCAUUGAGACUGCCGCUAUCUCCGGCAAGUCGGAGGUGGUUGAAGAACUCCUUCGCUACUUUGUGGAUAUUGGCAGCCGCGAGUGUUACGUUGGUAUGCUGUAUGCCUGCUACGAUCUGAUCCGCCCGGAUGUGAUCAUGGAACUGUCGUGGCGCCACGGGCUGCACGAUUUCACGAUGCCGUUCAUGAUCAACUUCCUGUGCGAGCAGACGCGGGCGAUCGAGAUGCUGAAGAAGGACAACGAGGAGCGGAAGGCCCGGGAGAAGACGCAGAAGGUGGAAGAGGACAACACCCCCAUUCUGGGCGGCUCGCGGUUGAUGUUAACGCAGGGCCCGGCGGCGCCGGCACCCGCGCCCAUGGGGUACGCCAAUGGAAUCACGCCGCAGGCGACUGGAUUCCGCCCCUUCUAA